UUUGAAUUGACAUUCAAUUAUUCUUUUGACGUCAAAUUGGAUUACAUCUUCAACAAUAAUAGUAAAGUGUUAAAUUUCGUCUCAAACGAAAUGUGUCAUAAUGAUACUUGCAUUCGGUUCUGCUGUUGGCUUGGCUAUCGUCUGGUUGAUGACAAUUGCAGUCCUGAAGAAUUAGAAAUCAUUUUUCCAAAGGUAUACACGAACGAUUCGACGCAGAGCAAAGAGAGAGUGAACGAAUUGUUUGAUCUGGGCUUUUAUGAUUCGGGAUUCCCUUGCCAAGAAAAUUACUAUCUGCUUCCUGAAGGUUUUCAGUACGAUUAUAAGAUUUUUACCAACGGUUCUAUAUAUUUACCUUAUUAUGAAAUAUUUGUUGAAUCGUCAUCAUAUUGUCUCGCCGUCGUCAACGGGAGUGAAUUCCAAGUGAUCUACUGUUCCGAAACUUAUGACAAAAUCAAGGAGAUAACUGAUAAUGAUGAGCUUUUGAAUUCUGACGAUAUGUUGAAAAUGAGUGCCGAUAUAGUAUCUAUAUUACUUUUGGGGUCAGUAUUUCUGGUGUAUUCCAUAUUGCCAGAACUCCGAAAUAAACACGGCUUCAUAUUGCGCAAUUAUAGCGGUGCCCUGACUGUUGCAUACGGAAUUGACUUUGUGUAUAUUUUUAUCAAAUUGGAUUUACAGUAUCCCGUUUGCGUUACAAUAGCCAUUUUAAGAUACUUUUGCUUUAUGGCGAGUUUCUUUUGGUUAAGUAUAAUGAGCUUUGAUAUGUGGUGCACAUUCAGAAAAUUAUGUUCGUUACAAAGAAACGUCAGACAACGAGAAAAAAGAAAGUUGAUAUAUUAUACGAUCUUUGCGUGGGGAUGUCCCUUUAUGCUUGCUAUUUUCUGUGUCAGCAUGGAUAUUCUUUCCGAGUAUGUAAAUGUACCACCGAUUUUGCGACCGGAAUUUUAUUUAUAUUGCUGGUUCAUUGAGACUGGUCCGUAUAUGUUGUAUUAUCAUGGGCUCAGAAGUAUAUGCAUGAUCUUUUGCAUUUUCUGA